AUUCGGACCCCCUAAGGAUCACGAAGCGCGGUGCAUGCUGGGAACUGUAGUUCACGUUUAAAAGUGCAGACGCCUGACGGAUAGGCCUCCGUCCGCCCGAGCUCUGCGACAAGAUGUCAAAGGUCUGUGCCAUUUUUGGAGGAUCUCUGGGAAUUGGCCAUGCUGUUGCACAACUGCUAGCACAGAAAGGAUAUUGCCUGGCCAUUAUUGCCAGAAAUCUGGAUAGAGCUCAAACUACUGCAAAGAACUUGGGAGCAGGUCAUCUAGCAUUUAGAUGCGAUGUUUCCAAAGAAGAAGACAUCCAAAAUGUGUUUAAAGAAAUGGAGACGAGUUUAGGUCAAAUAAACUAUCUGGUUAAUGCUGCAGGUAUCAACAGGGAUGGCUUGUUGUUGCGAACCAAGGCUGACGAUAUGUUAUCCCAGCUUCAGACCAAUCUUUUGGGGACAAUGUUGACAUGCAAAGCUGCUGUGAAGGGUAUGAUUCAGCAGCAAGGUGGAGCUAUUGUUAACAUAGGAAGUAUCGUUGGGCUGAAGGGCAAUUCUGGUCAGAGCGUAUACAGUGCCGGAAAGGCAGGAUUAGUUGGAUUUUCACGCUCUCUUGCUAAAGAAAUAGGAAGAAAGAACAUUCGAGUCAACAUGGUUGCUCCAGGCUUUAUUCACACAGAUAUGACAACACACUUGAAAGAAGAGCAGUUGAAGAAAACAAUUCCUCUUGGACGAUUUGGGGAGCCUCAAGAAGUUGCCGAAGCUGUUGCAUUUCUUCUGGAGUCUCCGUAUGUAACAGGCCAAGUUCUAGUUAUUGAUGGAGAUUUGUUCUUUCUGCAUAGAAAGCUUAAUGCGGCUAUCCUUCCAAAAGUUGGUCUAUUUUUAGUUCAUUCUGUAAGUAAAGUAUGAUCUUUUUCAAAGAUUAUGUUGGAAAACUUUGGUGUUCUACUUGGAGAGGCAAAGGAAACUGAUGAUAAACUGCUUAGGAAUGUUGAAUGCUUGGUUAUAUAGGGCACACUCCAUGCAUAUUUAUUUUGUUCCUUCUCUAAAGUGGUUGCUAACAAAGAAUACAAUACGCUGAACUUCAUAAUGUUAGGUUUCUUAAAUAAAACACUAAUUUUCAAA